AUGGAUAAUGAGCUUUUGACAAGUGAUAUGAAAGGAAUGACAUCUCACUCAUUGGCUAUACAAGAUAAAUUACGUGAGCAAGGAGACAUCUGUCAGACAGUUGCAUCAAAUGAUGAUGAAAAAGGAUGGGUUGUGUACGAUACUUCUAAGCAGAGCGUUCACAUGAUUGUUGAACUGAUCAACGAUAUGGGCUAUGAUGCGCAUCUAAUACGAACUCAGGAUUAUUCUGGAGAAAAGUUAACUGGCGCAUCCUCAUUAAUUUUACUUAAAAAGGAGAAUGACGUUAAUGAAUCCACCGUGAAACUUGGGAAAAAGACAGCCAAAUUCGGGCCUGUAAAUGAUGAUUCCAUCGAGAAACGAACAUUUUCAGUAGAAGGAAUGACAUGUGCUUCAUGCGUUGCAUACAUAGAACGGAAUAUUGGAAAAUUGAAAGGUGUGCAUUCUGUAGUCGUAGCUUUGAUGUCAUCAAAAGCGGAAGUUGUGUAUGAUUCGCUGGUAAUCGCUGCCGAACAUAUAGUUGAUGAAAUUAACAUGCUAGGAUAUCGAGCUGCGAUUAUCGAUGAUGGAUUUAAAAAUCAUUCUGUGUUAAAUUUACUGAUUACCGGAUUAUCAACAGAUAUCUGCGUGCAACGAAUUGAAUCACAUGUUGUUGCCAGAAAAGGAAUCGAAUCAUGUUAUGUUUCAUUAGCAACGUCCUCUGCAAGAAUUGAAUACACUCCUACAUUUAUAGGUCCACGUGAUAUUAUCAAAGUGAUUGAGGAUUUGGGAUAUUCGGCAACAGUUGCAUGUCACGAUGAGCAACUUAAAAGGCUCGAUCAUUCGGUCGAAGUAGCAAAGUGGAGGAUUUCACUACUGAUAUCACUGCUGUUUGGCAUACCGGUAAUGGGUGUGAUGGUUUAUUUUCAUUGGUUUCUUCACACACCGAUGCAUCCCGAGAUGCAGACACCAGUAUUUACUCCUGCACUCAGUUUGGAUAAUCUUAUUUUAUUUGUUUUAUGCACACCUGUGCAGUUAUUUGGUGGCAAAUACUUUUAUUUGCAAAGCUGGAAAGCGGUAAAGCAUGGUUCGGCGAAUAUGGAUGUUUUAAUCGUUCUUGCGACAACUACUUCAUACUUAUAUUCCUUAACUGUUGUUCUGAUAGCUAUUAUUUUGAGGUGGUCAAGUAGUCCGAUGACAUUUUUCGAUGUUACCCCAAUGCUUAUAACUUUCGUAUCAUUAGGUCGAUGGUUGGAGCACAAGGCAAAGGGUAAAACGUCAGAAGCAUUAAGUAAACUGAUGUCAUUGCAAGCAAAAGAAGCUGUAUUAGUAACUCGAGAUGACGAUGGACGUAUUUUAUCCGAGGAACAUAUUGAUGUUGAAUUGGUUCAAAAGGGUGAUUUAUUAAGAGUUGUUCCGGGCGCCAAGAUUCCAGCUGAUGGAACUGUUGUAGAUGGUAAAAGUGCAGCGGAUGAAUCAUUUAUAACUGGAGAAUCGAUGCCUGUUGUCAAGAGAGAAGGCAGUACAGUAAUAGGUGGUUCGGUUAAUCAACAUGGGACGCUGUUGAUACAGACUACUCAUGUUGGUCAGGAAACAACGUUAGCGCAGAUUGUGCGUUUGGUUGAAGAAGCGCAAACUUCUAAAGCGCCAAUACAGCAAACAGCUGACCGAAUAGCCGGCUUUUUUGUACCGUUGGUUAUUGGUUUGGCAACAUUAACAUUUUUUGCCUGGAUAUUUCUUGGUUUCUUUGCUGUGGAUAUAAGCUACAUGGAUAAAAGGACAGAGAUGGAGAUUAUACUGAAGCGCGCUUUUGAAGCAGCCAUCACAGUAUUAGCAAUAGCAUGUCCUUGUUCACUAGGCUUAGCGACACCAACGGCAGUAAUGGUUGGUACAGGUAUCGGUGCUGUUAAUGGCAUUCUGAUUAAAGGUGGUGAAUCGUUAGAAAUGGCUCAUAAGAUCACGACAAUUGUUAUGGAUAAGACUGGUACCGUAACCGAAGGUCAUCCACGGGUGGUAGUUAUUCAUACGCUAAUUUCGGAAAAUAACUUGUCACUAUUGAAAUUAUUCGCUGCCGUUGGUUCGGCCGAAUCAAAUAGCGAACAUCCUAUUGCAAAUUCAAUUACUUCUUUUGUAAAAGAAUGGUUAAAUACCAAAGAAUGGGCCACUGUUCGACGAUUUCAUGCAUCGGCCGGAAAUGGCAUUGCUUGUGAAGUGUGGAAAAUCGAUGAUAUGUUACUUAGUAUACAGAAGAAAGAAUCUUUGAUUGAUUCAAUAAUUAAAUUAAAUAGCGGUGAUGUUACAUUAAUCAGGAAUGAACAUUGCGGUACUCAGGAAGUUGUAUUUAAUGACAAUGUGCCAUUUCGAGUUGUAAUCGGUAACGAACGAUGGAUGAUUAAAAAUGCAGUUCCAGUUGAUGAGUAUGUUGGAAAUCUCAUUGAAAAGGAGCAGGCAUCUGGACACAUAUCUGUUAUGUGUGCAAUAAAUGGUUAUCUUGUUGCGACGAUAAGUAUAGCAGAUACAGUGAAGAAUGAAAGUGCUCUUGCUGUUUGGGCUCUACAGCGUAUGAAUAUUAGAGUAAUCCUCCUGACAGGUGAUAACGCUCGUACUGCAGAAGCAACCGCUAGACAAGUUGGUAUCCGCGAAGUAUUUGCUGAAGUUUUGCCAAAUCAGAAGCAAAUUAAAAUUGAACAGCUGCAGGGAAUGAAAGAGCGGGUAGCGAUGGUUGGUGAUGGAAUAAAUGAUAGUCCAGCAUUGGCUAGUGCUGAUGUUGGCAUUGCAAUUGCAGCUGGUUCAGAUGUUGCAAUCGAAAGCGCAGGGAUCGUCCUAGUGAAAAAUGAUCUUAUUGAUGUAGUAGCAGCGAUUGAUUUAUCGAAACGGACAACACGUCGUAUACAGCUUAAUUUUUUGUUCGCUGUAUUAUAUAAUGUCAUUGGAAUUCCUAUUGCAGCCGGUGUUUUCAUGCCUUGGGGCUUUAUUAUUCAACCGUGGAUGGCAGCAGCAGCAAUGGCUUUAUCGUCAGUCAGUGUUGUUGCUUCGUCCUUAAUGCUAAAACUGAAGCCAACUCAGCAAAGCCUGGCUUGUGUAGAAUUUUACAACCAUCAAGCACGAUUAGCGAUGGGUGAUUGGCCGGUUGUUGUACAUCGUGGUUUGGAUGAUUUUGCGGUCAGACGAUCGUUAUCGAAAUUAUCAUUCAGUUCAUUUAUUUCAACAAUAAGCUCGAUAUUCGACUCACAGCAAAAUGUAAAUCGUAUUACACCAUUAAAUAGAAAAGUUUUGCUUCAACGUAAAUCAAAUGCUGGUUCACCGGACUCAUCGAACACUGCACUUAUGAUAUAA